CGCAAAACAGCCAACAGAUGGCAUUACUUUCUGUGGCGUCUGUUGAGCUGUUGGUUUGUGUCGACUGUCAAUAGAUGCAAAGAUAACUAACAAGCACCCGAACGUGCAUGAAAAGAAAGUGAGAGUGACUGUACAUCAAAUAGCAGGGCGUUGAACAACAGUUAUCUCUGGUGUGACACACAGGGAAUUUGUGUUGCGCUCGUUUUGAAUGAAUUGUGGAAACGUGAAAAGAUCUCGGUAAGCGUUUCACCAUCAUGUGCGAUUGAAAAAAGGGGAGGAACGAACGCGACUGCCGUGACUAUUUAACAAUUAAACUUUCGCGUGCCGAGUGACAGUGGUUCCUGACUGCCUUCAUCUCUGAUUUCAAUCAAAACUUGUUUCUUCACUUCGUUUUUAUAACAAAAACACAAUGGGAAACAUCCACACUGUUGGACCGAACGAAGCUUUGGUCGUCUCAGGCGGUUGCUGUGGCGCUAGUUCCAAAACGACCAUCGUCGGCGGAUGGGCAUGGGCGUGGUGGCUCGUCACAGACGUCCAGCGCAUGUCACUCGAGGUAAUGACGUUGAAUCCGGUCUGCGAGCACGUCGAGACGGCCCAAGGUGUCCCGUUGACGGUGACGGGAGUGGCCCAAUGCAAGAUUAUGACGGCCAAAGAGCUGCUGACGACGGCGUCCGAACAAUUUCUAGGCAAGACAUCUCAAGAAGUCCAGCUGACCAUCCUGCAGACCCUCGAGGGUCAUUUGCGUGCCAUUCUCGGCACUCUCUCCGUCGAAGAGGUUUAUCGCGACCGUGACCAAUUCGCCUCUCUGGUCCGAGAAGUUGCAGCGCCCGAUGUCGGCCGGAUGGGCAUUGAAAUCCUCUCGUUCACCAUCAAAGAUGUCUACGACAAUGUCGAGUACCUGUCGUCGUUGGGAAAAGCGCAGACGGCCAACGUCAAACGAGAUGCAGCCGUUGGAGUCGCCCAGGCGAACAGGGACGCCGGCAUUCGGGAGGCCGAGUGUGAGAAAGCUUCUAUGGACGUCAAGUACAACAUGGACACCAAAGUGGAGGACAACACCCGACUCUACAAACUCCAAAAAUCCAACUUUGAUCGUGAGAUCAACACAGCGAAAGCCGAGGCUCAAUUAGCAUAUGAACUGCAAGCGGCCAAGACUCGCCAAAAGAUCCGGACGGAAGAGAUGCAAAUAACGGUCGUCGAACGCCGGAAGCUGAUCGAAAUCGAAGAGCAGGAGAUUAUGCGACGCGAAAAGGAGCUGAUCGCCACCGUUCGAUUGCCCGCAGAGGCCGAAAGUUUCAAAGUCGAACUCGUCGCUCAGGGCCAGCGGACUCAAGUGGUGGAAAAAGCGCGUGCCGAUGCAGAAAAGAUUAAAUUAGUUGGGGCGGCUGAAGCGACGGCCAUCGAAAAUGUUGGCCGGGCAGAAGCGGAGGCCAUGCGGCUCAAAGCGGCCGCUUACAAACAAUACGGCGAGGCGGCCACACUCUCGCUCGUCUUUGAAGCUCUGCCAAAGAUUGCGGCUGAAGUGGCCGCUCCGCUGGCCAAAACGGACGAAAUCGUGAUGCUGAGCGGAUCGUCUAAUUUCUCCAACGAGAUCAACAAAUUCGUCGCCCAGGUGCCGCCUGCCAUUCAAGCGCUGACAGGAGUCGAUUUAUCCGAUGUCCUGCGCAAGAUUCCCGGCGCCAAAUGAGAAGGCCGGCAAUAACGUGUCCACUCGAUGAAAUAUGAAAUAUACUCCUUUAAUGAAACAAAAGUGACCAAACAAGUCGUUAAAAGAAAAACACCUUAUUAACAACUGCUCCUUUACUGGAACAAAAAAAAAAAAAAAAUGAAACUCUUUCAGUUCAAAUACUUUAUGCCCUCCCUUCUUGGCUGCUGCCCGUCUGCCUGCUGCAUUUUCUUUUUUAUUAUUAUCCUCCGUUGUAUCGGUGUCAAGGCUUUCAGCGUUCCAAAGCUCUUGUAUACCUCCGUUUUUGAUUUUCUCCAGCAUUUCCUCUUUCUGGCUCGUUUUGAGGUGGACGCGCGCGUGAGUCAGCUGCACACGCGUUUACCAUCGUUUGGUUUUUGCGUUUGGGGGUCCAAGUUGAGUGCCAUAAAAAAAAAAAAAAAAGAAAACUGUGUGACUCGUUUUUCUUAUUCCCAAACUUUGAAAAAUCAAACCCAAAAAAUAACAGUUGCCAAUGAACGCCAACCAUGUGUAGUCAUUUUUACUUGCCAAACCGGUUUUUCGUUUCCCAAAUUGCUGACCAUUUAAGUUUUGUUUUUGUCUUCGGUUACUUUGAAAUGUUUCCAAACUGAAAUGGAAAAGAAACCAAAAAAAAAAAAAAUACAUUUUCAAAAAGCAUUGACGACGAUUUA